AUGCGCGUUGGGGGAUCAGAAGGCUGCUGCAGGGAGCCGGUGGGGUGUGAUGGCGCAGAAUGGCCCUGUGGGGCCGAGUGAGGAUGGAGGACCGCAGGAGACGGCAGCCGGGCGCUGCAGCAGCAGCUCUUCAGAGACACCGUCCGCCUCGGCCGGGGCUCCUCGGGAGAGACUGAACUCGGCUCAGCGGGCUCGGCCGCGCCUGGACUCACUGAGAAACCGGCCCCCCUUUCCUUGGUUUGGCUUGGAUAUUGGUGGGACGCUGGUCAAACUUGUCUAUUUUGAACCCAGAGAUAUCACGGCUGAAGAGGAGGAAGUGGAAAACCUCAAGAGUAUCCGCAAAUACCUGACCUCCAAUGUGGCCUAUGGACAAACGGGCAUUCGCGAUGUUCACCUGGAACUGAAGGACCUCACGAUGUGUGGCCGAAAAGGCAACCUCCACUUUAUACGAUUUCCAACACAUGAUUUGCCAGUAUUCAUUCAAAUGGCCCAUGAUAAACAUUUCUCAAGCCUUCACACAUUCUUAUGUGCCACUGGUGGUGGAGCGUACAAGUUUGAAGACGAUUUUUUGACUGUUGGAGGGCUUGAGCUCUGGAAACUGGAUGAACUGGACUGCCUCAUCAAGGGUGUCCUUUUCAUAGAUUCGGUUGGCUUUAAUGGACAAUCACAGUGCUUUUAUUUCGAAAAUCCCAAAGAUCCUGAGAGAUGCCAGAAAAUUCCUUACAACCUGGAGAACCCAUAUCCUCUUCUUCUGGUUAACAUAGGGUCAGGUGUGAGCAUCUUGGCAGUCUACUCCAAGGAUAACUAUAAACGAGUAACUGGCACCAGCCUCGGAGGAGGAACAUUCUUUGGACUCUGCUGCCUUCUUACAGGAUGUUCUACCUUUGAGGAGGCUUUGGAAAUGGCUUCACUUGGAGACAGUACGAAGGUGGAUAAACUUGUUCGUGACAUAUAUGGAGGCGAUUAUGAAAGAUUUGGUUUGCCAGGCUAUGCUGUGGCCUCCAGUUUUGGGAACAUGAUGAGCAAGGAAAAGAGAGAUUCUGUUAGUAAAGAAGACUUGGCAAGAGCGACUUUGAUCACAAUAACCAAUAACAUUGGUUCCAUAGCACGUAUGUGUGCAGUCAACGAGAACAUAAACAGAGUGGUGUUUGUGGGAAAUUUCCUCCGUAUUAAUACAGUGUCCAUGAAGCUCCUAGCAUAUGCAUUGGAAUAUUGGUCAAAGGGACAACUGAAAGCAUUUUUCCUGGAACAUGAGGGAUAUUUUGGAGCAGUGGGUGCACUUCUGGAGCUACUGACCACAACCUGACCAUCUUUCCUCAAUCAAGAGUGAUUUCACAAAUCCAAUGAGAGACGUCCUAUCCUGUCACAACUAUGCACUACAGUCUGGCAGGUCCUGUCUGGUUAAAUUGUAUAAAGACACAAGCUAAAUGUGUACGUGAGCGAAUAAAUAAGGCCAGUUUUCAAUGUGAGUUUUUAUUAUGCUUUAUAUUUGUCUAAAGCACUGUACACCAUAUGUUAUGUCCAUUUCUGUAUGGAAGGUAUGUUACUGAGCCAUAUCUGUAAAUGGGAAGAUGGCACAAUAUGGCAAAGCCUUCCUCAAUUGUCUGAUAAAAUGCUGCAAUGUUUUAAUUUUUUCCUCCUGCAACACUUAUUGAAAGAACCAAUUUAAUAUCUAUCCUGGAAACAGACCUACCAUAUGUAAGCAAAGUCUUUACGCACAACCUGUGUUCUGUGCCUAUUGUGUCCCUUAUUCGUGUAUUUACUGUAUGGUAUAAGACUACCGCCAGGUGUGAGCAUUGCAAUUUUAGAAAAACCGCUGUUCCAUAUUGCUUGUACUACUUAUUGGUAUGCACAUCUAUAUCUAUCUAUCUAUCCGUAGACAUUGCAGAUGUAAAAAACAGAUAAAACUCUUGUAAUACCUUUUUUUGUUAGACUAACAGAAUUUAAUGACAAGCUUUCGGGAGAACCUACCUUUCUCAAGUCUGAGCAAGAUGACAAAUAGAAUUCAAAGUUUAAUUGUGAUACAGGGGUUAAAGCGACAUGAGUGCAGAUAAGACACAGGUUUGUUAGAAUGUAGACACCAUUCUUGCAGAGGGUCAUAAAUAUAUUUCUGAAGAUCAGAGUGAGUGGGGAGAGGGAGAAAAAAAACCAAGCAGACAGUGCAGAGGAUGGUACACUUUAUAGAUGCGCGCGCGCACACACACACACAUACAUGCACAUAAACAUACACAUAAACCUAUACAUACAUGCACAUUAACUCAUAUACAGAAAUAUAAAUGCACAGUUACAUAUAUAAGCAUGCAUGCAUAAGAGUAUGGGAAAGAAUGGGACUACACAUAGUACUUGUAUAUUGAUAGAGUAAACAUAUUGGAAUGUGUUUUGAAGUGUUGAUACAUAUGACAGAACAGUAAGAUAAUGUGGGGGAGUGUUCAUGUAAAGUGUUGGAAGUGGGACAGGAAACCCAAAUCAAUAUUUAGUCCUCUAUUCUUGCUGUUAAACAAUUUGAUCAUUCUAGUUUCAAAAGUUUUUUUUCUUUCUUGGGUAUUUUUAAAACCCCCUUUCAGUACUUUGAUUUUUAGGUCCUGCAUUGGCCAGGCUGGGUAAAGGGGUGUCCCACAGAAGUGCAGUACGAUCUUUCUUUGUGGUGUUUAAUAGAGUGUCUGUGCAUGUUGCUUUAACCCCUGUAUCACAACUCAACUUUGAAUUCUAUGUGUCGUGUUGCUCAGAAAUGCUUCAGACUUGCGAAAGGGACGUUCUCACGAAAGCUUGUCACUAAAAAAAUUCUGAGUCCAAUAAAAAAGAUAUUACAUGAUACAAAUGUUAUCAUUUAUGCACAGAUUAAUUUGGAAUAAUAGUAUCUUUUGUGAGUUAAAAAUAAUGGAGGGCAAUGUAUGUAAAUUAAUAUCUGCUGUAUUCAAUUGUUUGUCUAAUUCAGUGACAUAGUCUUCACUGCUAAACCCAGCCUGUCCUAUUGUGUUCGGCAUCUGCCUUUUGUUACCAGGAUGCAGUACUGCAAGCCAGUAACUCGGACACAGCUGCAAGUGCCUUUUUAAUGUUUUUCUAAAUGCUGAUUUAUCAUACAACCACCUAACCCUCUGUGUAUGGGCAUAUGCCAAAUAAAUUUUAAUUGUCAUAUUUUUAAUCACCUAUAAUACUAGCACUUUUUCAUUACAAAAAAGUCAUGUUUUGCAACACUUAAGGGUCUUUAAUGUAUCCCCUUUGUCUUAAUGUCUAAAAAUUCUGAAAUAUGUGUUUUUGUUUUUUUCAAAAGUGUUUUGUGUGUUUUACUUGUGGCGUGGGAGGGAAUGAUGUAUGCUUUAAUGAUUGUGUAUUUAUAUAUUUUUGGAUUUAUUUUAUAAU